AUGGCAACUUCUUCUGCAUCGCUCGGUGCAAAUGGACUAUCCAGAUGCAGCAACAAGCAACACCUGAACAAAGAAAUCUAUGGCAGACAAGUCACUCUGCCUGGUCUUUCUACAAUGAGUGUUCUAUCGAAGCCUGUCUCUGUAACAGCAUCUUUGGACCAGAAGGGACACGAAGGAAGAAGAGGGUUUCUAAAAUUUCUUCUAGGAAAUGCCGGGCUGAGUUUACCUGCUCUAGUGGCACAAAGCGCUUCCGCUGAUGAUCAAGGUCCAUCAUCCUCAAGAAUGUCAUAUUCCAGAUUUCUGGAGUAUUUGGACAAGGACAGAGUGACGAGGGUGGAUCUGUAUGAAAAUGGAACUAUAGCAAUUGUGGAAGCCAUUUCUCCAGAGCUUGGUAAUCGCCUGCAACGAGUGAGGGUGCAGCUUCCAGGCCUUAGCCAGGAGAUCCUCAAGAAGUUCAGAGAGAAGAACGUUGAUUUUGCAGCGCAUAAUGCCCAGGAGGACUCUGGCUCUCUUCUGUUCAAUCUGAUUGGGAACUUAGCUUUCCCUUUACUCCUCAUUGGGGGUUUAUUCCUCCUCUCCAGAAGGUCAUCCGGUGGGGCUGGUGGACCUGGAGGCCCUGGCUUCCCGUUGACUUUUGGCCAAUCCAAGGCCAAGUUCCAGAUGGAACCCAAUACUGGUGUCACCUUUGAUGAUGUCGCCGGCGUUGACGAAGCUAAGCAGGAUUUCAUGGAGGUGGUAGAGUUCCUGAAGAAGCCUGAAAGGUUCACUGCCGUCGGCGCCCGCAUCCCCAAAGGGGUACUUCUUGUUGGCCCCCCUGGAACAGGGAAAACAUUGCUGGCCAAGGCAAUUGCCGGUGAAGCGGGCGUGCCAUUUUUCUCCAUCUCAGGGUCUGAAUUCGUAGAAAUGUUCGUCGGGGUCGGCGCCUCGCGGGUUCGUGACCUCUUCAAGAAGGCUAAGGAGAAUGCUCCCUGCAUCGUCUUUGUCGACGAGAUCGAUGCUGUCGGGAGACAGAGAGGAACUGGAAUCGGUGGAGGAAACGAUGAAAGGGAGCAGACCCUUAACCAGCUCUUGACGGAGAUGGAUGGCUUUGAAGGCAACACAGGAAUCAUCGUGGUUGCCGCCACAAACCGCGCGGACAUUCUCGAUUCUGCCUUGCUGAGACCCGGGCGAUUCGACCGGCAGGUCAGCUUCAAUUCUCCUGAGUUCCUGUGCCGAAAUGCGGCGAUCGGCGAUCAAAUAUAACCCAUUAAAUCAUUUCUUACGAUUUCUGUGCCGACAUGCUGCGCAGGUGUCUGUCGAUGUUCCAGACGUUCGUGGGAGGACGGAGAUACUGAAGGUGCAUGCCAGUAAUAAGAAGUUCGACGGGGACAUCUCCCUUGAAGUGAUCGCCAUGAGGACCCCCGGCUUCAGCGGCGCCGAUCUCGCAAACCUCUUGAAUGAGGCGGCGAUUUUGGCAGGUCGGCGUGGGAGAACUGCCAUCUCAUCCAAGGAGAUUGACGAUUCCAUUGACAGGAUUGUAGCUGGAAUGGAAGGAACCGUGAUGACCGACGGCAGGAGCAAGAGCCUCGUGGCAUACCAUGAAGUCGGCCAUGCGAUCUGUGGGUAGGUCAUCAAACUAGACAUUUUUUUUCUCCUUGUCGAAUGAUGUUCAAAUCAGCAUCUAGACGUUGACCUGCUUUGCUGCAGCACUUUGACCCCAGGGCAUGACGCCGUCCAGAAAGUCACCCUUGUCCCACGCGGCCAGGCGCGGGGGCUGACUUGGUUCAUCCCUUCGGAGGACCCGACGCUGAUCUCGAAGCAGCAGCUGUUCGCCAGGAUUGUGGGUGGGCUUGGCGGCAGAGCGGCUGAAGAGAUCAUCUUUGGGGAGUCAGAGGUGACCACGGGCGCUGCCGGUGACCUGCAGCAGAUCACCGGCUUGGCCAGACAGGUGAUUAGAUCCUCCUUUUCUUACUUGCUCUCCAUGCAAAAAUGUUCUCCGUCGUCUUAUUUUUCUUUCUGUUUUGGGUUUGGGUUGGUCAUAGAUGGUGACGACCUUCGGGAUGUCGGACAUCGGGCCAUGGUCCCUGGUCGAGCCAUCGGCUCAGAGCGGAGACGUGAUCAUGAGAAUGAUGGCCCGCAACUCCAUGUCGGAGAAGCUGGCCGAGGACAUCGACGCUGCCGUGAAGAGGAUAUCAGACAGCGCCUACGAGAUCGCCCUGCAGCACAUCAGGAGCAACCGCGAGGCCAUCGACAAGAUCGUGGAGGUGCUCAUCGAGAAGGAGACCUUGUCAGGGGAUGAGUUCAGGGCGAUCCUGUCGGAGUUCGUGGAGAUCCCCGUGGAGAACCGGGUCCCUUCGUCCCCCCAGGCCGCUGUACCUGUAUAA